AUGAGCCGUCUACUUCGAAAUAAGGAGGGCUGCUGGACCUGCCGUCUGCGCCGAAAGAAAUGCGAUGGAUCUCGUCCGGAGUGUUCGACAUGCACGUCACUCGCCAUCCCAUGCUACGGAUAUGGCCCCAAGCCGGAUUGGAUGGACCACGGCGAGAAAGAAAAGGCAGUGACAGCAAGCUUAAAGCAGGUUGUUAAACAUACCUCGCGGCGGAAGGCUAUCCCGAGGAUGCCUAAGGAGCUCUCUCGCCUGAUGAACAUUGCGCCAAAGAAUUCGAGAGAGGCUUCUUCAUCGUCCUCGAGUCCUACGCUGAGUAUUCAGCAGGAUGGUAUCCACGUGCCUGUAAACCAAGACUUGUCUGAAGAUAUUGAAGAUGAUACACCGGGAAAUAAGCCAACAACUAACCCAGUACCCCAGGCCGAUGAUCAUCAUGAAGAUAUUGUUCUAUAUCCUAUCGCAGCCGACGAGUCUGCGUGCCUAAUGCACUAUCUGGACAAUGUAUUUCCGUUACAGUUUCCCAUGUACAAACCCAGCAUCCUCGAGGGAGGACGUGGUUGGCUUAUGGCUCUUUUGCUGAAUAUGAAGCCCCUGUAUCAUGCUACUCUCGCUCUUGGCUCGUAUCACCGCCGAAAGGUGGCUCUCAAAGAGUCCAGUGAUCAUAUGUGCCAGGUGGCUUCUAUCAUUGAGCAGGAAAAGCACCUUGCAACCUGUUUAGCUGAAUUCCAACAAAUAAUCCGAUCAAUAAACGAGUCACUCCGGGUAUCUACUUGUCCAAAGGAAGGGAUGAGCGUUAUGGCUUUGGUUGUUCAAUUGAUCUUCUUUGAGUACUUUACAGGAGAAGGCACUGCAUGGCAGAUACAUCUUCAUGCCGCGACGAAUAUGUAUCGGCGAGGCUACCCAAACAUACUAUUUCAUUUUAACCUUGGAGAAAGGUCAAAGACAAUUAUGCUCGAGGAUCUUCCUCUGUCUGAAGGCGAACAUCCAGAUACCAUGCAAGAGGUUGCGACAUUUCGCUUUUUGGCUGUAACAGUUGCUUGGCUUGACAUAAUAUCUGCUAUUACAGCUGGCACAGCACCCCGACUACUACCUAGCUAUGCUGAUGAAACGGUUUGGAAAUGUCCCCAAAUCAAAUUUGAAAACUACAUAGGUUGUAAAGUUUCGGUGCUGAUUCAGAUUGGUCGCAUUUCUGCCUUGCAUGAGCACAAAACAAACGCUAUGGCCCAAGAUCAGCCGAUGAACAUCGCUUUUGAAGAAACUGUUAGUGACAUCAGCAGGGAAAUUCAGGGCGGACUGAACCAAAUGGCCUUGGAGGGACUUUGCUUUGCCGAAGGCGGGCCGAGUGAAAAUCCAUCUGCUUCUACUAUGAGCCCCCCAGCUGUCGAUGAUCGCACAAUUGUCACCAACGUUUACACUUACAUGGCAUCUAUUUACCUUCAUCUCGUCACCUACGGUUUCCAACAGAUGGAACUUAUAAGUUCUAACAUUUGUGCCGCACUAGGCAUGAUUCACGUGCAUGUUCCUACCCACCUUUUACCCUCCUUAGUCUGUCCACUAUUUGUCAUUGGAUGUGUCGCACCACAAGAGGAAGGAAUGUCCUUUUUUCGACACAUAUUUUCGUCACCUCCAGUGCUGGAUGCAUUGUUUGAACACCGCAUGAAACUCUUGCCAGUGCUUGAAGAAACAUGGAGAAGAAGGGAGACGACAGAUAAUUUAUCAUGGGCCCAAGUUCUUGAACUAACACCCAACAUCUUGCCUAUUUGA